GUAAGACUAUUAAACUAGACAUUAGAGCACUCUGGAUCAACAUAAUAUACUACUUUUUCGUGAUAACACGGUAACCAACAUAUUAAGAACCAAUCGAAUGUACUUAUACGUAAUGUAUAAAUUUGAAAUAUUGUUGUAAAUGAACAGUAACUCAGAAUUAUAUUUUUUGACAAUUAUCACAUUUUUUUUUUAUAUUAAAAGUGAUUUUAUUAGUAAUCUUAUGUGUUACUAUAUGAAUAAUUAAUUGAUAAUAAAAGUUUACAAAAACUAAUGGUUACGAAUGAUCUUUGUAAUAGACUCAGUGUUUUGUAUAAUUUUUUAUGAUACUUCAAUUUAUCUUAUGUUUACCUAUGAUAAGGGAAUAUCAAAUAUUAUUAAUUUACUGAUUUUAAUGAGAUUUGUAAAUAUGGGCAAUCCAAUGAAUAACUUCGAUUGGGCACACAGAUUGCAAUGCCCUCCGACUGCAUGUACAGAUCCUAUAAAGAAAACAUUAUGUAAAGGAAUAUUAGAAUUAUUAUGGUCUGAAAUAGGUAAUGCAACAUUUACCAGUAAGGAUGUAAGAGAAAUAAGAAAAAAUAUAUUAUUGUACAAAUUAAGACAUAAAAAAAAAGAUGCUACUAUCGAAUGCAUACAAGACAUUUCAUAUUUAAAAGCAGAAAGAAAUAGGCUUAAGAUUGUUUCUUCGUCGUUGAAAGAAGAAUACGAGCAACAAGAUUUGUUGGUUCGUCAAAGAGUGAAACAUUUGAAAAAUAUUAAAUCAAAGUAUUCAUUGGCAAAAAUUAAAAAAACAUUAUUGAAAAUAAAACAUAGCGAAGUAUGUACUCAACUCAAUGAUGGUAAAAAUAUGAGACUUAUAUGCCAAAAUUUAAUGCCGCAAACAUCAGAAGAAUUAGAUCAAAAUAUGUUAAAGGAAAGCUUAGAUAUAGUAACUACACUUUGUUUUGGCGCAACCAAAAGAGAGGUGAAAAGUAAGAUAUCAAAUUUACUUGGUCAUAUUAAAGUCUCUACGUUAUGGGCUCAAUUAUAUCAAGGACUGUGCCAAGAUGUAGAAAAUUUAUUGAAAUUGAGAACUUUAAUUACUCCAGAAAAUAUGGACGAUCCUGAAACAGAAGAUACAGAUAAAAAUGGAGAAGAUAUUGAUAUUGGUAUUGCCAAAUUAUGUGGAAAAAAUAUUUACACAAUUUCAAGAAAAUUAUUUUUUGAUAUAAAAGCAAAAAAAUGUGAAGAUGAUGUUAUGAAAUAUAUUACAAAUAUCGAGACAAGUACUGAAAAUCAUAUUGAUCUCAGCGAGUGGUUAACUUUGGCAUUAGAAGUGAAAAAAUUGGAAACAGAGGAAAGAGUAUUGCAAAAUGAAAUUAAAAUGAUCCAAUCGGAGUACAACGAUAUUAAUUUACCAACAUUAGAACUUCAAAAAUUAUUAUCGGAGAUUCAUACGAUUGACUCGGAAAUAGAAAAAUGUGUUGAAAAUAUACAACGAUCGUUACAACUGUUAAAAUCUGCUGAGUGCAUCAUAACAAGAAUAAAAAAUAAUGUGCAAACUGAAUGUAUGAAUCUUCUAGCUCUACGAGUUAAUAAUAGUAACUUCGAAUGGUUAAAUAAGGAUUUAACGACUGAAUUGCAUAUAUUUUAUGAUGUCUUAGAUAUCAGAGCAUUAAAAAAAAUAAUACUCCAUGGAGAUAUUCAAUCCUUUAGACAUGAAUCAUGCUGCUUAAAGGAAGCGUCUGUUUUAAUGAAAAAUUUAAAUGUUCCAAAUAUUAUGCCAUACUUCCCAAUGAUAAGAGCACCAAUAUAUUAUCUGAUAGAUUACUAUAAAAAUCUAAUUACAAAUAAUGCUUAUAAAAAUGCCUUGACUCCAUUAACAGAUGAAGACAAUGAUUUACACGUUUUUAUAGAUAACGAUACUACUAAAGAUUACGAUACUAUGGAAUUAUUGACAUUGUCACAACGUAACUGUAGUAAAGCACAGGAACAAAUCGAUGCGUUUAAUGUUGCAUUAAAUGCUUGGAAUAAUCAAACCGUUCAAGAAGCUAUGGCACUCGUAGAUAAAACUGUAGAUGAUUUAACAUUUACAGAAUGGAUGCAAAGAUACACUUUAUUAUUAUAUAUGAUUGAUAGCGCUAAUAAUAAGUGAUAUUAUUAUAUUAUUUAUAAAUCUAUAAUGCUAUAAAACUGCCCUUUUUUAAUUUUAUUAUUAAUUAUAUUACU